AUGUUUCUCCACCGUCGCGCUAUGACCAUGCUUGUUGCGGUGGUACUCGUUGCAGCCACUACCACCACCACAUGUGCCGCUCCGGCUCCUCCUCCCAGUGGCGUCUUCCCGCUGGUCGGCGGCUCGACUCGGCACGCGGCGAGCGACUACGCGGCGCUCAAAGCCAUGGGCGCCAACGGAGGGCGGGUGUACGCAUCAUGGGCGUAUAUCGAGCAGAACGUGACUAAGAGCCUCAACACUUCGCUCACACUUGCUGAUGUCGUCGCCCGUCCAGAGCUGGCCGACGCUUGGGCUGCCUCGCCGAACGUGGUGUGGACUGAGGUCGAUGGUCGGGUGGCCGACAUGGCUGCUGCCGUGCCCCACGUCGUGCUGCAGGUUGGGGGAGGCGCCACCAACUCGUUGCCGCACUACGGCGCCGACGAUAUUGCCGACCCGAACGUCAUCGGCGCAGAAGUCUACCUGGCGUACAUGUACAUGACGUCGUUCGCUUGCGCGAAGCGGUACGUGGCGUCGGGCGUGCACCUAUACCAAAUCGAGAACGAGCUCAACGAGGCGUAUCUGGCAUCGAUCGCCGGCCAGCGGCGUCGGCAAGUCCUCGGCUCGCUGUGGCGCGACUGGGACUUUCUCACCCGGCUCCUCGGCACUCUCAAGGCCGCAGUCGUUGCCGGGCACGCGGCCGGCGCCGCCGAGCUCGGCGAAGCCGCGCGGACCGCGCUCUCUCCACCCAUGGUAACCCAGAAUGUCCACACCGACGUCGCCAAGUGGGUUCAUACCGUCCUGGACCUCAAGGGCUUCUAUACCGAUGCCAUUGCGGCGUGGGCGCCGAUGCUCGACUGGGUCUCUAUGGACGCGUACCCCAACAUGGUGGUGGCGACGCCGUGCCUGGCUUCGGUGGUUGGCGAGCGGGUCAAAGCCGCCCGCAGCGUGCUUGCCACAAUCGGGCAGGCUGACAAGCCGGUGAUGAUCAUGGAGACUGGCUAUCCGGUCUGCGGUGCUGGAUGCAACGCAUCGACGACGUUCCCGGCCGCCGCCAACUACACUCAGGCGAACCAGGCGUCGUGUGUGGCAGCGACGGUUGACGCUGUCUUUGCCAACGGCGGCCUCGGGUUCUUCUUCUUUACCAUCUCGGCCACGCCGGGCAUUGUCCCGCCACCCGGCGGUUACACUGCUGAAGACGUGUCGGCACUGAACAUGAUCGCAGCGCUUUACGAGAACCACGAGGACCCAGUUGUCCUCCUCGAAUGGAUCUUUGGCAAGGGCCACGUCAAGUACCUCGAGUCGAAGCGGUUUGCUGACAUGAUCGGCGGCAUUGCCUCUGCGCUUGGCGCGCUUGACGCAGACGGCCACCCGCGGCCGGUUGUAGAUGCGCUGCGUGCAGCGUAUGCCAAACACCGGUGAGGCUGCUAUGUCUCCGAGUCGGACGACGAACACUCGCAGGUCGUCUCUGAGAACGACUCGGCGAGGUCGGCCACGCGCGCAGCCUCAUCACCGUCGUCGUUGUCGCCCGAUACCGAUCCGGCAUCGGCUUUGUCGGCAAGGUGCGAGACCAUGUCCGACAUUGCGGCUAGCGUGGUGGCGAGCGAGGUGCGGUCGGGUAGCGGCGGGAGGGCGGCGAUGGCAUCGUCGCGCGAGACGGCAGGCGACGCUGGCGACCGAACAGUCUGUUGCGGCACUCGCGGAGCCGUCAGCGGCUGCGUCGAGUACUGCGAGCGGAGUGAGGCAAGCGUCCGUGUCAUGGCUCUGUUGUCUGCGGCGAGCGAGCGGACUCGUGUGGCGAGCUCGACGUUCUCGGCCAUGAUCUCCAGCGGUGCCCGCGGCGGCUUGUGGCUCGACUCGGCCUGGCUCAUUGCCGAUCUCCCUGUGGUGGCACGGAGCACUUCCAGCUCGAGCAUUGCAUCAGCAUGCGCGGCACUCAGCUUAGCCACCUUGUCUUCCAGCACCUUGUUGCGUUCGUUCAGCUUUUCGUUGGCGAGCAUGAGGGCCUCGACCUGCAUGAACGACGGCGCUUGAGCCGCAUCUGGAUCGUAGACGGAUGAGUGGCGAUAGAUGGAAGGGAGAGGAGGGAGAGGAGGGAAGUUUGAGGCACAUCUUCCCAUGGGAGAUCUCUGUGGCGUACAUUCUCUCAACG